GAAAUUUCUGCUUAGUAGUGAAGCGAAGAUGGCGUCGCUGAGUGACAAAUCAGUUUGGGACGAGGUGGAGGAUGGAAUCGGUGAAGAAGUGUUGAAAAUGUCCACGGAGGAGAUCGUCCAGCGGACCCGACUGCUGGACAGCGAGAUCAAGAUCAUGAAGAGCGAGGUGCUGCGGGUCACACACGAACUGCAGGCCAUGAAGGACAAAAUCAAGGAAAACACCGAGAAGAUCAAAGUGAACAAAACGCUGCCGUACCUGGUGUCCAAUGUCAUCGAGCUGCUGGACGUCGACCCAAACGACCAGGAGGAGGACGGGGCCAACAUCGACCUGGACUCCCAGAGGAAAGGAAAGUGCGCCGUCAUUAAAACCUCCACCAGACAGACCUACUUCCUGCCCGUGAUCGGCCUGGUGGACGCCGAGAAGCUGAAGCCUGGCGACCUGGUGGGGGUCAACAAAGACUCCUACCUCAUCCUGGAGACCCUUCCCACCGAGUACGACUCCAGGGUCAAGGCCAUGGAGGUGGAUGAGCGUCCCACGGAGCAGUACAGCGACAUAGGAGGCCUGGACAAGCAGAUCCAGGAGCUGGUGGAGGCCAUCGUGCUGCCCAUGAACCACAAGGAGAAGUUUGAGAACCUGGGGAUCCAGCCGCCGAAAGGGGUGCUCAUGUACGGGCCGCCGGGCACCGGGAAGACCCUGCUCGCCAGGGCCUGUGCCGCCCAAACCAAGGCCACCUUCCUGAAGCUGGCCGGCCCCCAGCUGGUCCAGAUGUUCAUCGGUGACGGUGCCAAGCUGGUGAGAGACGCCUUCGCCCUGGCCAAAGAGAAAGCCCCGUCCAUCAUCUUCAUAGACGAGCUGGACGCCAUCGGCACCAAAAGGUUUGACAGCGAGAAGGCAGGCGACAGAGAGGUGCAGAGGACCAUGCUGGAGCUCCUCAACCAGCUCGAUGGCUUUCAGCCCAACGUGCAGGUCAAGGUGAUUGCUGCUACCAACAGAGUGGACAUCCUGGACCCGGCGCUGCUCCGCUCGGGCCGUCUGGACAGGAAGAUCGAGUUCCCCAUGCCGAACGAGGAGGCCCGAGCUCGCAUCAUGCAGAUCCACUCGCGCAAGAUGAACGUCAGUCCCGACGUGAACUACGAGGAGCUGGCCCGCUGCACCGACGACUUCAACGGAGCGCAGUGCAAGGCUGUGUGCGUGGAGGCCGGCAUGAUCGCACUGCGUCGCGGCGCCACGGAGCUGAACCACGAGGAUUACAUGGAGGGAAUCCUGGAGGUCCAGGCCAAGAAGAAAGCCAACCUGCAGUACUACGCCUGAGGACGCUGCCCGCCGUGUCUGUUGUUUGUUUUGUUUGUAAGCAUCUUUGAUUUCUUUUUGUAAAGUGUCAAAAUAACACUGGUUGCAGUUGCUACUUAAGUUUGAAUUAUUAAAAGAAAGAAACAUAAUUCA